CAUUGCGCCGUUGCUAGGCAGCGCAACCAAACUUUGAGUGAACCAUUCAUUGUUGAAAAUCGCAAAAUUGGGAAAACGCCUGCAACAGUAUUUGAAUCAAAACAUUUUCCUCCUGAAAUUCUUCCACGGGGACGCAAAAAUGGACCUGGAUGUUAUCCAGUAUUUGGCCAAGGCCAAGAAGAAACAAGACCCUGCAGCUUUGCAGGCAGCCUUCAAUGAACUGGAAGAAAUGACAGAAGCUGACUCAGGAGGAACACUUAGCUUUGACCAACAUAUGUACAUCUCUUGUGCAGAAGUAGGGCUACAGCUGGGUUGUUUGGACAUAACAGCCGCCUGUCUCAAAAAAUUCUUUGAUGGCAACCCACCAGCUGAUCAAUAUUUGUGUCGAGCCUUCCUCUGCCAGAACCAGUUGAAGUGUACCCCACCCACAGGUACCAUGGCAGAUUUUAAAGAGGAUGUGCAGUAUUGUCUUAAAGCGAUUGACAUUUCAAAGAAAGACAAAAGAUCUCACUACAUUGUGUUCAAUGCUUCAGUGCUGUAUCUUCAGACAGUGCGUCCUCUCCUGCAACCAGGACGGUGCUGCCACCUCGUAACCUCACUCAGGCAGGUGGUCAAAAGUCUGGAAAUGGUGGCGGACAAGGAUCACAGCUGGAGAGCUGAACUCAUGAUGCACCUAAUUGAUGCUCUUUUGGAUGCUGGAAAAAUGGACGAUGCUGCAAGUUAUGCCAGAAUUACAGAGGAAUUCAUCAGAAAACACUGCCCACAUCUUUAUUCUAACGUCUUUCGUUUACAGGUGUGGCAUAAUCUGUCAAAAAGAGAGAUCAUCCUUAAAAAGAGCCGCCAGUCAACCGCCUUAACUGUCAUUUACAAACUGCUACAAUGUAAAAGGGGUUUGGGGGAAAUAAGUGAGGACGAACUAGCAAAAAAGGAUUUAAAUGAGCUUGAGGAAAUUUUUAGUCUCUUGGGAGAGUCAACAAAACCUUCUCUUCGGACACCCAUUCCACCAGCUAACAGAGUGUCCUUUCUCCUGGAGCUUGCUUUUCUGGCUUUGCAAGGCAAGAAUCAUAGAGUGGCUGACAAAUGCUUAAAAAGACUUAGGUCUGCUGGAGAGACUAGUAUCGGAGAACAAAUAAUGAUGGAGUGUAUCAACUGUGAAAUAAACCUUCGGAAGAAAGAGACGAAGAUGAAUGACUACUCCAAAUCCAGUGUGGAGGCUCGUCUGAAAGCGAUAUUAAAGCUUAAUCAGUGUCUGCAGGCUGCAGUAAGAGAGGGGGACCCUCAAGCUGUGCAAGCAGUGUGUGCCACACAGUGGAGCUUCUGUCUUCCACUGCUGCAGCACAAUCUCCGCAGACACGUUAAGACACCUCUGUCACGGGUGGCCCAAGCACUAGAAGACAUGCAGUGCAUGUUGUUCCAAGUUCGAUGUCAGGUCCACGCUGAGCUUGCAGUGACUGAAGAAGAAGAUGGGCUCCUUGAGGCCUCACUGAAUCACCUCCAGAAAGCCAUGCAGCUGGAUAAUGGCACACAAAAAGAAAGAUUGUCAUCGGCUUUCCACCUGCUACAGCUGAGACGAAACCUAUAUCAAACGCGCUCUCGGACAGAGGAUAAAGCCGCGAUGCUUAUGCAGCAGGUCAAGGACAGGAAGCCCCAACAGGAUACUGACUUCCGUCCUUUACUGCUGACUGUGGGUCAACUAUUGGCUCCUGCUGAUUUCCAGAUGUUGCUAAAUGCAGACAACAUCUCGAAAAUUACCAAAGCCACUGUUGGAUGUGGACCAAUUGCUCAGCUUUCUGCUGAGGCUCAUAAUUACUAUGCAGCUGUACAGAAGUUAGAUGGAUACCUGGACCGACAAGGAGAAAAUGCUGACAACACAGAGAGUGACCAGUUCAAGUCGGAUACCCUGCAUUCACCCAAAGCUGACACACGUGAACCAAGUGAGAAUAAGCGAUUGAGGCUGUGGGCCACGCUUGCAAAGACAGCUAGAAAGGAGGAAGUGUGGGAUGUGUGCAGAGUGGCUUGUCGAUUCUGUUUGCUCUAUGAUGAAGCAAGAUCGAAGAUGUCCAAAUGUCACAAAUCAAAAUGCUCAGAGGAAGAGAGCUCUUCCGAAAACCUUAGCAGCUACGAAGAAAUUCAACCCUGUCCGAAGAAGUUGCGCCUUUUAGCUGAAAUAUGCUUUAUCACGGCUGAGGCUACUGCCCAAAAGCUGCAAAUGCUAGGUGUGCAGCUCAACAGCCCUGCGGUUCUCCCACAGGAUGUAGGUGUGUCUGAAGAUGAUAAACACUGGAUUAUUUACAGAGACUGGAUUCAAGAUCUAUCUGGCUAUGCCACGUCAACCUUCCUUCGAGCGGCUGAGCUUGGUACACAGAUCAGAGAACCCUGGGUUGUGGCAAAUUCAGCCAUUUACUUAUGGAACUACAACAAGCACUUGCUGGUUACUGGAGACUAUAACUGUCUCAUCCCCACCUUCCAAAGCCUGGUAGAGAUGUUCCAAAAGACCGAGUGCACUGGAAAUCACGCGCUGUUGGUGCUUCUGUGUGAUGCUGUUGCUCGAGGUUUGUACCAACAUCUAGCUGUAUUAGACAACAUGGAACAAGCCUGUCCACAAGAAAAGGGAAAAGUCAAAUCUGACAAGAUGAGCAGUGCCCCAUCUACUGUGCUCGAACCUGAUAACCUCAUUAAGGUCCAAAAAGCUUUUGAGCUGUGUAACUACGCACUUUCCAUAUCGAACUGCAACACCACCGGAGAGACAGUACCCAUUGCUGUGCAAAAGCAAGUGGUGGCCACGUGGGUGCGGAUCAAGACUCUCCAGCAGCAGCAUACUGGCUGCAAUACAGAAACGGAUGAAAAGAAUGAAGAAUACUCACCUAUGACUCGUGUGCUUAUUGCUGUGGAGAUGCUUCAGUCCUACAAAAAUGCCAGUCCCUUGGAGGGGUAUGAUCCCAGUCUUUCAACGUUAGUCAGCAUGGUGUCUAAUUGUAACUGGACUGAUGCUGUGGUGGAGUUGCAGACAUGGUGUCAACUUGCUGCAUUCUGCCACCAUGCAAAGGAGUACAGUUUGGUCCUGAGCUGCACAGAGAGAGCAAUGCAACUUGAGGAUGCAGCAUUAAAAUGCCUCAACACCACACCUUGCCUAUUGUAUGGCUUGCCUGCAGUGAAUGAGAUGCUGAGCACUGCAGCCUGUUUGAGGGGGUUGAGCUCAAUUCAUCAGUCAAUAGGAGAUAUACAUAUGUACAAGACAGCUAUGGAUAUGCUUCUGUCCAGUAUCAGGUAUGCGCUGAAGGCUGGACAUCCAGAACUAUGUUUUACAGCUGCUAGGCAUUACUGGAACAACUGCCUACCUCUAACACAUUCACCCGAGGAAAGACAUCAGCUCAAAGAGCCCUUGGAGGCAAUUCUUAAUGCCCUCCUUCAAACUCAUCCCAAACAUACAAACAAACAGGACAAAGUGAAACAACCUCAGAAAGGAGUCCCUCUUGGAAGUUCCAAACCUGAAGCACAAAAUGAAGAAGUCCUAACCCUUAGAUCAUCAAUGUACUGUCUGUUGCUUCAAAUAUACAUUGAUAGAACAGAUUUAAAUGGCGCUUUGCAGCUGUUGGAUAAUGCUGUUAGAGAUAUGCCUGGCACUAAACACCGACUACUUUUGCUGAAAUAUCGCAUACAGAUGAAGGCUCGGCUGGGGGAGAGUGUAUUGAUGGACAUGCAGACGCUACAAGGCAAGGAAGAGCAGAAUUGUUCAUUAAUGUGGCACAAAGCAGCUCUGUGUUCUUGCAAUGAAACACAGCAGAUGACCUGCUAUCAGAAAUCAGUAACAUCUCUCAUGUCUGAAGAAAACCAAUGGCAAAAGGUCAGCUUCCUACUUGCAUUUGGAGCAUGGUUGUACUGUCACAACAUGUCUGCAGAGGAGGCUCAGCACCAGGUUCAAUGGGCCAUUGACAUUCUUCUACAUUUGGCAACAGGGCAGUCAGAAAAAUCAGAGGACGAAUCUAAGGAAAUGGAUCUAGGCUCGUCAAAAUGUGAAACUCUGGCAGUUGUUCAAGGACUGUCAUUCACACAGACUGUGUCCAGUCUGAAGGAGGUGCAACGCCUUGACAGCUUGGUGCAAGCACACACUCUGCUUGCUGUCAUGGCAGACAGAAAUUCAUCCGAGCACCAGUUUAACCUGCUCCGAGCAUACGACUUCGUACUACAAAUAUGGCAGGUCUCGGCAGAAGUUGUUUCUAUGAGUCCGGGUGAGAAUGUUAAAGGCCACUCUCCCAAUCCUGCUGGGAACAAAAAAGACAAGGCUAAAGGCAAAAAACCUUCUCCAACAGCGUCGACUCCCAAACCUGUCUUGGAACCUACUCUUCCACAUACUCUGGAGUAUUGGGUUAAAUACACUUGCCCUGAUCAGGUCCGCUACACGUUCAAAACAAAUUGUAGCAUGCAGUGCAUCAAUAUUCACACGAUUACUAAUCAGACCCAGAGCUUGUUUUAUCUUGAUCUGCUGGAAAAGGAGCUUAACUCACUCUCACUGAGCCACCUGACACUACCCAUUAUGCACCUUGCAGAAACAUUUGCUCAUGAUCUGUUGGAUAGGAAAAGCCUUUCUGAUUUGUAUCGACUCAGAAUAGUAAGGACCUGCUGUCAGCUUGGCAUGGAAAGUCAUUCCUCAUAUCAUGAGAGUCUCCUGAGCUUGAUGAAAAUGCAAGAACAAGAGCAAAUCAGGUGCCACAGAGCAAUCACUCUUUUACAGGAGAGAAGACGCCUCUACAAAUCGCACAAUCAGAAAACCAAUACGGAGUCACGUUUACAGAGGAGGAAUUCAUUUCGAUUGGAUAUUUGGGUUGAUAAAGCAGAUGCCUGCAUAGAGAUGGGACUGUAUCAAGGAGCCAGGCAGCUCUUGGCAGAAGCUCAAUUGGUUGCAUUGGAGUUCGAUGAUCAGACUGUGAUGCCAAGAAUCUUGCUCAGUAUGGCUACUUUAGCUUGUGAGGAACACAAUCAUGCAGAGGCCCUGUAUCUUUUGGACAAAGCUCAAGCCAUGACUGGGGACGAGCACUUCUGGUACAAGUUCACACUCACAAAGGUUGCUGCUGUGGUAGGUCAGAGACCCCAGGAUGCACAAACCAAGAUUGAUCAGAUUAUCAAGCAGGGAUGUGAGGCUUUGACAGUGGUUCUGAAGCAGCGCUUAAACAGAGUCUCAGAGAUCACAUUUUUAAUUGAAUCAUUAAAAAUGAGAGGUGCCAUUGAGUGUAUCUGUGCCAUUUCUGGCGGUGAGCCAGGAGUCACACUCUCUACUAAGGAAUUCCAGUUGUUGAAAGCUGCCUGUGAUACCCUCGGGCAGUGUGCAAGCGUUUUCACUCAACUCAACUACAGAGCCUAUGCAGCAAAGAGCCAUGAAGAAUGCACAUACGGCCUGAGGUUUCUGGCCUACGCGGCUACAGACAAAAAGGAGAAGCAGCGAUUUCUGCUAGAUGCACUUUCCCAUAUGCAGUUAUCAAUCUCAGAGCAGGAACGUGUGGUUUUGAAUGCUGAAAACCUGCUCCAACCUGAAGAGGCAAGUUCUGGAGUGAUAUUGUCUCCCAAGUGGACAUUAUUACGCCUGCGCCUCUCCCUGGCAGAUGUUUGCUUGGCAAUACUGGAGGAGCACUGUGAAGAAAUAGUCAACCGAGCCCUGACCAAGGACAAGACUAUUGCUGAGAUAGCAAUUGAGGAUUUCAUGCGAAGCAUACCUGAAACCAACUCAAUUGAACAGGAGUGGAUGAAUGUCGGCAGCACGUUGGGCCAGAUGGCGUUGGGCCAGCUAGCUGCAGUGAACACUUGUUCUCUGGAUGACUUGGAGAUGAGAGCACAUUGCCUAUGUUUGAUGGGAAAGACCCUAAGACUGCUGGCUGUGCAGGAGGAUCCUGUUUAUAUGUCUUCUCUCUGGAAAAAUGAUCUAAAGCUGCAAGGUACAUCUGAUCCCACUGCCAAAAUUACCGAAGAGGAGAAUUCUGUGAAAGAGAGGGAAAGUGUUUUAAGCAGUAAAGAGUCCAGGAUGACUUCUGCGAAAAGCACUGAGCCGCAGCAAAAAAAGCGCAAGGUUGAGCUGCUUUUGGCCCAAGCCAGCAAUGUGCUGUCUGAAACUGUUAGCUUGUGUCUUCAGCACAAUUUGUCAGCCUCCAUCCUGAGUGAUGCCUCUCUCAAUAUGCUGGAGUGUCUUGGCAAUUCACACCAUGAAUUGGCAUGUCAGUAUCUCGCCUUGUUUCAGAGUGCUUGCAUUGUUGAUGUCAUGGCUGAUGUUUUAAGUCUGGCCUGUGACGACACCAGUGUGUCUCAACUCUCAGCUCUUCUCAGCCUAUACAGGAAACUCCUUGUAUCUCAAGAGGGUAGGCCCACUAAAAUGUUGGAAGGAGUAAGACACUCCCUGAACAACAUUUCCAAGGCCUUUUCCCAACUGACCAUCAACCCCAACCACCUAAAUCUUCUUGCUGAACUUUCAUCUGACCUGAAGAUUAUUUUACUCCAGCACUCUAAGGAUGGAUCUGAACUUUACGGAGCGCUCUACAAAGUGACUGAAUCUCAAGAAAAUCAAAAAGGAAAGACACCACAAGGUUCACCAUCAUGCUCGAAAGUGGCUAAGGCUUCUGUCUGCCCGAGGGCUCUGCUGGCUCUACGCGAGCAGACACGGGCCUUUGACCAAAAGAUGAGACAUGCACUCCUGAAGGAGACCUGUUUGCAUGAUGGAAGAGUGAAAACCCCUGAAGAGGAUCAGAUUUCUCAUCCUAGGUCUGAUGAGGAAAAUGCUUUAACGCUUCACUUUAGAGAUAUUGUUCACCAAAUGGAAGAAUACCUGAAUCCACUCAUUUCUCAGUUUGACUUCAGUUUCUUGAGUUCCCCUGUCUCAUCUAAUCCAGUUUCUGAGGAGCGCCACACCAAGUGUGAAGAUAAGAAAGGAACCACUGGUGACGAGGCCCCACCACGACAACCAGGUGAAUUUGUAGUGUUGCUGGCAGACUGGAAGUUGAUGGAGUUGCCAUUGGAGGCAUUGUCAAUCCUUCAAGGAGACCUACUAAAAUCUGUAUCUCGAGAUUUCUCCCUCCAGCUUCUCUGCAGUCGUAUACCGAAAGAAGAGCCAGUGAAAGUGGAAAAGGAAACCAAAGGGGGUAAAGGCAUGAAGGGGAAAGCUAAUCAAAGCCAAGUCAUCAAAGCGAUUUCUACCAGUCAUGUUCUGCCAGAACGCACCAUCCCAGUGGACACACGGAACUUCAAAUGCAUCUUCAAUGACAAAGAUAUUGUCAAUACUUUCAGCAAUUUUGAAGCAACCUCUCUCGUUGAGAGAAUGAAGAUGAACUGGCCAGCCUACGGCCAGCAUUUUAACCACUUGUUGGCAGGCUUUAUGAGCAUUAAACAAACUCCCAGUUUCAGUGAGAUGGAGAAACUGCUGUCCAAAUGCAGCGGGUUCUUGUAUUUGGGAGCAGAACGCUUCUUGGCUCCAAUCCCACCUGCCAAACUAGCAGCCCUCAACCUGUCAGAAUGUCACAUGGCUCUCAUUUUUGACCUGGUUCAGAGUAAUGCUUUGCACUCAUCAAACCUUGACAUGCACAAAAGGGCAGGACAACGCACCCUUGAGAAGACUUCGGAGGUUGCUCUGCUGUUGAGCUUGAAUGGUGUUACUUGUAUUGUACUAAACCAAUGGCAUAGCAGCCUUGAGCAGAACUCGGAAUACAUGACCAACUUUUUGGAUAAUUUUCUGAGCGGCAGACAGACCUCCGGGCAGAUUGUCCAUUCCCUCAGGCAAGAUGACGACACCUCGGACUCAAAUGAUUCUGACACUGUUUUGGAAGAAAGUUUUCAGCACAAAACUGAUCUGACGCCAUCCGCUUUCAACUGUGUUCUUUAUGGACUUCCUCUUGUGACCGGCACAUAAAGCAAUUCGGACAAAAAAAAUAUGACUACAGCUUUCUCUUAGUAAGUAUGUUUCAUGAAUCCAAAUUGGUGUUAUUUUGAAUAUAAAUUUGAUUGGCUUGUUCCUCCAAAAUUUUACAUUUAAAUAAUUCUCAUCAUCCCCAUCCUCAAGAAGCAGUGGUUCCAUAAUUUAUUCAAGAGGCUGCAUAACAUUAACCUUAACCAGAUUUAGUGGUUGCUCUUCAGAGAAAUUAGAUAAAAAAAAUAGUUUUCAUUUGUCUGAAAUGAAUCAGUGAAACAGUGACAGGUAGAGAUGAUUCAUACUGUAUUCGUAUUUUAAACAUGCUCUUAGCCUUCAGGGUCGAUAUUAGUAUUGUUUGUUGUGGACAGUUGUAUCCAGAGGAUAGAGGAGACUGGAGCAUGACUGCAUAAUGUUUGACCUUUGCGUGCACUUCAUGUAUGCAUGUGGGUCAGUAUGAGAUGACGCUGGAUAUGCAAACCUUUGAGACUGGAGGCUCACAAGAGGGGGAAAAUGUGUUAAAAUUAAAUGCAAAAGUUCUUUGUUAGUCUGCACCUACGCAGGCUCCAGUUCACCUGCAACCCUAAUGAGGCAAGUACUGUAAAAGAGGGGUCAUUAAAUAGGCUUUUUAUCCUCUAGCUUCGAAUGGUUGUCAAAUCAUCUUUUACACGUUCUGCAAUGCAUGACAGUAAUGAGUUUGUCACUAGUAGACGUCCAAUUAAUUUGGCCUGGGAGGACUGACAGUGAAUGAACAUUUGUUCAUUUGUUGUGAGCCCUCCCACUACAAAUGUUUUGGACAUCAAGUACUGUAAUUAUUUGUAGAGCAAAUCACUUUGGGCUUUUCAUGAAAAAGAGCACUGAGUUAUAUAGUCAUUAUAUAUUCUAUAAACAUAGACUUCACUAUUAGUUGACGGGAAAUGGGGUGCGGGGCUGCUUUAUAGGGGGCCUAUUUGUAAAAACUUCAAAUAUUUUCAAAACCAAAGCCGCUCGCGACCUAAAACCCAAACAGGCACCUCCCUUAAGCAUAUACGAGUCUCUAUGAGCAGCGGCAUUAAAAAAUUCCCUAAUAAAAUCCUGAUUAUUUUUUAUAAAUGUACUAUAAAACUUAAAAUGGUUAUAAAAUUCUCAGAUUUUAUGCUAGAUGCUCAAAAAUCACCAAAUGCAGAGAUAAUCGCCAAUAUUUUCAGGAUCAAUAGCAAUAUUUAACAUAAGUUUUUGCCCGAAAUGUUUUUAUUUUUUUUAUUUUUUAUUUAGUGCAAGUUUUUAACAGCUAGUAAACCACUCAGUUUUCACAUCAGUAAUGUAAUACUUGAAGAAAGCAUGACGAAUCAUCUUAAUUUUACUCAACAAAAGCAAAAUUUGCAUUUUUCUAUAUACAAUCACAACUUAUUUAGGUUGAACUGCGAUGUCACUAUUGCCUCAGCACGUCUUGCCGGCCCUCAUCGUUUUUAGAUUGAAAUGUUACAUACAGUGUAUCACAAAAGUGGGUACACCCCUUGCAUUUCUGCAGAUAUUUAAG